CCGCCGGUAAGAGCUUGCUCGCACGCACGCGCCUCUCCGUUACGCCUAAGGCGGCUUCGAGGCUGGUUUUAGGGCGGAGCCCUGCGGGACUAUUCUAGGAGCGCCGUGUGAAAAACGUGUGUGUGACCUUUGUGUCCCAGACGUCCCCUAGUGCAGUCCUCUGAUAAGGGGACACCUCUCCCCGUGUCCCACAGUUGAACUGGGGUCACGCGGUGAGUGGUGAGGAACCCCACCACCUUGCAGAUUAAAGGGAUGAUCAGCCAGUUCGACCCUCAUUGGGCAGCGUGGUAACCCUGUACUCUCAGAGGAUUCCGAUAGUUUAGAACUUCAAAACUCAAUCAGUCCUCCAACCUCAGCCUUCCCAGCAGCAAGGAUGACAGCAGCCCUCCUUCUUGUAUCCUGAUCAUCCCUCUGGACCCAGCCUCUCAUCCCGGGUGCUAUCUUUAGAGCUCACUCCUCAGAUUCUCCCUGAACCUGUCAGAGACGUUUCCCCCAGAACUGUCAUCCCUGACCCUCCAAGGCAACUUAAAGGAGACAGUUGUGCCUCAGAGGAGGCCUGCAGGGGGACAGGAGAGUAAGAACAAAAGCUGCACCAGGAGAGUCUUAACCCAGAGAAAUGGCCAGCAGGAAGACCAAGAAGAAGGAAGGUGGUGCUCUUCGUGCUCAGAGGGCCUCAUCCAAUGUCUUUUCCAACUUUGAACAGACACAGAUUCAGGAAUUUAAAGAAGCAUUCACACUCAUGGAUCAGAAUAGGGAUGGAUUUAUCGACAAAGAGGAUUUGAAAGACACCUAUGCCUCCCUAGGCAAGAUUAAUGUUAAAGAUGAUGAGCUGGAUGCUAUGCUGAAGGAGGCCACAGGCCCCAUCAACUUCACCAUGUUCCUGAACCUGUUUGGAGAGAAGCUGAACGGGACAGAUACAGAGGAGACAAUACUGAACGCCUUCAGGAUGCUGGACUCAGAUGCCAAAGGGACAAUCCACAAGGAUUACAUAAAGCUUCUGCUGAUGUCCCAGACUGACAAGAUGACUGCAGAAGAGAUUGAUCAGUUGUUCCAGUUCGCUUCCAUUGAUGCAGCUGGAAACCUGGAUUAUAAAGCUUUGAGCUACAUCAUCACCCAUGGGGAGGAGAAGGAAGAAUAACAAGAAGUAGACUGGGGGCGAGCAUUACCCAUUCAAUAAAGUCUAUUCAGCAAACACA